AUGUUGCUGUCUUCGCUCUUGUUGCUCGGCGUGUUAUCUUUUGUGCCAGGGAGUGGCGCCCAAAAGAGGCGCACGCCGGACUCCCACCUAGAGUCUCUAAGGGGCAUCGUGGAAGGUCCUCUGGCAGGGUGGAAUGCGGUGUUCUACCUCGACCCCAGUCUGGAGGCGCACGUCUGGGAAUACGCCCGAGGUCUUCUCGUCGGCCGGAACGCAUCCUACGUCUUGGUCGACCUGGGGUCGGACGGCGCUCUGUGGUCGGAGGAGCAGCCGCUGGAACUGCUCCGGGGGGCCUUCAUGGUCCACGUGGUCGUGUUCCAAAACGACCCAAGGCCUUUCUUUGAAGCGGUCUCCCUCCAGUGGAAUCCUCAGUACCUACUCUUCUUCAGCGUGUCGAACGAGACCAAGAGUAACUUGCUUCUGGAAGAUACCUUCAAGGGUAUCGAGAGAUUACUGCUUGUUGAGAAAACGUACCUGGCAAGCUCUACAAGUAAACCCGUGUCAGGAAUUUUUUCCUCGUUUCCGUUCGAAGAGAGAAUGAUCAGAUCUAUUGGCAGCUGGAGCAGCGCAAGAUUUACCGUGAGAGAAGACCUCUUUGUCGAUCGCUUUAAGUCAUUUAGAAAUUACGAAUUCCAGCUCGGAACGUGGUUCGACGAUUUCCCUUACCUCCACCAAUCGAAGACGAAACCAGAGGGCUACGGCGAUGGCGUGGAGGUUGAGAUGCUCGACGCCAUGUCCAGAGUGCUAGACUUCAAGUACAAUUUCACGACGGAGCCGCCGGACCUGAAGUGGGGGGCCUUCGAGAACGGCUCGUGGACGGGGAUGCUGGGGAUGGUGCACCGCAAGGAGAAGAACUUCACCGUCAACUACUUCGUCAUCACAGGCGAGAGAGUCGACGCCUUCGACGCCUCCGUCUCCUACUGGAUGGAGGGAUUCGGGAUGUCGAUGCUGUCCCCGCCGUCGCUUCCGAAGUGGAGGGGAGCUUACUAUCCUUUCACGUCCUCCGUAUGGCUCUCCCUCGCCGUCACCUUCGUCCUCGUCUUAAUCAUAAUGACAGUACAGGAUAUACUGCAGCCCGAACCCUUUCUGGGUGGCGUGGGCUCCACGUGGCCGUACCUCCUGCGGGCGAUGUUCAACAGUAGCAUCCCGCGCCUGCCGAAGGCCCAGUGGCAGCGCCUGUUCGUGGGGUCUUGGUGGCUGUACUGCUUCAUCGUGACCACCGCGUACACGGCCAACCUCAUCGCCUUCCUCACCAUCCCGGUCUUCCCCGCGCGCAUCCAGACCGUCCAACAGCUCGCAGAGAGCGAUUACAGAGUGUCCAUGUUCGACUACGGGGAGUUCGUGCCCGGGGCCCUGAAGUCAUCUCGGGACCCUCACUACAGGGCCCUCGGGGAGAAGUUGGACCUGUUCCCGACCUACGACGGCUCCGUACACCCCAUGCUCCAGGGAACGCAUGCCUACAUCGAAAGCUAUUCUUAUAAUCGGAUUCUUAUCUUUGUGGACUAUGAGGCGGAUAACUCGUACAUGUUGAGGGAGCAGCUGUACCCGGGCCACCUGUGCUGGUACUUCCAAAAGAACACGGCCUGGAAGUACAAGUUCGACCAUGGGAUACGACGUCUUGUGGAAUCCGGUCUGAUCGCUCACUGGAUCAAAGUCAAAACCGAGGACUUCCUGGGCCGUGACUUCGAGCGCCGGCAGCAGCUGCGGGACAAGGAGCGGCUCAACCAAGCCCUGAGCCUCGACCACCUACAGGGCGUGUUCUUCAUCCUCGCCAUGAGCUGGGCGGCGGGCGUCCUCGUGUUCGCCGGCGAAGUCCUACGACACCGCUGCCUUCUUCAGGAGCUAGACUAA